AGACACUCAUGAUUUUGAUGCCACCACAUCGAGAAUCGAGAAAUGAAUAUCCGUUGGUCAACGAUAGAAUCAUUCCUCUUGAUUGAUUGAUUGAUUGAUUGACACAACGAUUGGCAGUAAUAUAUCAGUACUGUACUGUGGUGGUACAUCAUGACAAAAGAAGAAAAAGACGAACGAUCCAAGCGAUUAGCAGCCCUUGAAAAGGUCGUGGAGGAACCGGAGAAGCGCUACGAAACCAAGGCCACCAAUGAAGCCAUGCGAGUGGCGAAAUCCAUUCCCAGGAGGAUUGACUUUAUCGAUGACGUCCUCGACCGCCAUUUUCUUCACAAACCUGGGAACAUUGGAAAAGUGGAGGGAGCCUUUGCCGCGCAAUUGGAUCGGGAUGGUGGAUACUGGAACCACAAUACCGUGAUUGCCACGGCGAUUCCUCUCUUUCGGGAUAUUCUCAGUCAGCUACUGCACGAAUUGACUCUAAUGGAAAACUGGCUCUUGAUCUUUCUCGACAAGAACGUCAAGGCGGACAGAGGCCCCUUUUUGGCCUCCCAAGAGGAACUGCUGGAGUAUAUACGAACGACUAGACCCUUUUUGGAAGGACAGAUGGAGUCCGUCCAGGGCUAUUUUGACAAGCGCAAAGAUGCCCUUGGUGCAUGCGGGUAUCGAUAUCUCAACGUUGAGAACGAAACGAUUGAAAUCAAUGCAGAGACCUCCGGAAACAACGCUGCAGUGGAUAAAGAGACCUUGCAUCUGGCAGCCAUGGACGAAGGACCCUUUAUGGUGUCAACCAUUACCGAGGUUGUCGAUGUCGAUGAAGCACAAGCAUCCAACUACAAGCCAAAGCGCAUUUUGGCUGCCAAGAUGCAAAAAAAAAUAAGACCAUUGAACGAGGCUCGCCAAAACCGCUUGGCUGGCUGGAUGGUGCCAAGGCCAUGCUGGCCGUAGAUGUCAUGAUGUACACACACAUGAUGAAUACCCUGGUCCGAUGCACCGUCAUUUACAAGCACAUUCUACAGAAGUCCAUGCGAUUGAUCCGGAUCAUGCAAUCGCCCGAAAUCGAGGUAGUCCAUUGUUGCUUUUUAGUUUCAUCUUUCUUUGGGUUCUGUGCCGGGGGCGCCCCGAACUAGCUCAUGACACCGCAUGUGAUCGAGUGCUUUGCAAGGAUACCUGAGCCAGGCACCGGAUGGUUGGUGCAUGUAUAGAGUCGACAGUCGAGUCGCUCAAAAUCCAAAGGCCUGCGGGGAAAAGUCAACCCAUUGGUAGCAUUGAAUAGUCUACAUGUAUGUAUGUAAGCUUCGUAUACGGCACUCUGUGUACAUCCUUGUUGCUUUCAAUGGGACUCCUCGUAGUUCUGCAGAGAACUACUGUGACGUAUUGCUGCUGAUGAAUCAUUCGAAUCAAGUCUCGUUUCAAACAAAAGCCCACAGGUUUAUCUAGCUACGUAAAGUCUACUGCAAGG